GGACCCGGGAAAAGGAAGUGUGAGGGCCACUGGAAAGGGAGAAAGGGUGUCACAACUUCCGGACCCCGGCCCUCGGCUUGAGGGCGAAGGCAAGUACAAAUCGCUGCAUUGCCCGCGGCCUUGGAACCCAGCCCCUGACGGACUACAGCUCCCGGGGUAUUUCCAUUUUAACAGGGAACAAUCCCUGAACCCAAAGGAAUGAAUCCCUAAUGGUGGAGUUUCAGGCAUCAGUGACAGGCUGAACCCGGAUUCCCAGGGCCCAUGCUUCCACCUGACAAAUGAUGGCUUGAGUUAUGAACAAACAGGACUAUACGAACACUUCGGUGCAAGAGCCCCCUGUGGACUACUCCUUCCGAAACAUCCACGUGACCCAAGAUCUGUUAAACGAGAAGCCACGGACAGGGCUACGACCACUAAGGCACGCAAAGUCAGGGAAGUCUAUAUCUCAGUCCCUGUGGCUGAACAACAACGUCCUCAAUGACCUCAGAGACUUCAACCAUGUGGUUUCACAGCUUCUGGAGCAUCCAGAGAACCUGGCCUGGAUUGACCUGUCCUUCAACGACCUGACUUCCAUUGACCCUGUCCUGACAACUUUCUUCAACUUGAGUGUGCUCUAUCUCCAUGGCAACAGCAUCCAGCGCCUUGGAGAGGUGAACAAGCUGGCUGUCCUCCCUCGGCUCCGCAGCCUGACACUCCAUGGGAACCCCAUAGAGGAAGAGAAGGGGUAUAGGCAAUAUGUGCUGUGCACUCUGCCCCGUAUCACCACGUUCGACUUCAGUGGGGUCACCAAGGCAGACCGUUCAACAGCUGAAGUGUGGAAACGCAUGAACAUCAAACCCCAGAAGGUCUGGAUCAAGCACAAUGCACUGUGAGGUUCCAGGGACCCCAGCAGUCCUGAAGGCCUGGGAAUGCUCAGCUUGGUUUGACAAUAAAUGAUUUGAGCUGUUCA